AAAAAAGGGUAUUAUACGAUUAUUGAAGACUAAACGCAUGUCGUUUGUGUUCGAAAGCUUAUAGCCAACUGCCACCCAACGCACGACGAGAGUCGUGCAAGUCGAGUGUUAAUGGAGAAGGGUUCUGAGCAGCCAUGGAGGGUCCUCGAGUUCUACAGCGGUAUUGGUGGCAUGAGGUAUUCGUUAAUGAAGGCGGGAGUGAAUGCCAACGUUGUUGAAGCAUUCGACAUCAACGACACUGCCAACGAUGUUUAUCAGCACAACUUCGGACACCGUCCUUAUCAGGGUAACAUUCAGAGCCUUACUGCAGCUGAUCUCGACAGAUAUGGAGCGAAUGUAUGGCUUCUGUCUCCUCCUUGCCAACCUUAUACUAGACAAGGUCUCCAAAAGCAAUCUGGUGAUGCUCGGGCAUUUUCAUUUCUCCAGAUUCUUGAGUUGAUACCACACACUUCGCAACCUCCAAUAAUGUUAUUUGUGGAAAAUGUUGUUGGAUUUGAGACAUCUGAUACACAUGGAAAAAUGAUAGAGAUAUUGAGAAGAAGUGAUUUUGUUACACAGGAGUUCAUAUUGAGUCCCUUGCAGUUUGGUGUACCAUAUUCCAGGCCACGCUAUUUUUGCCUGGCAAAGAGGAAACCCUCAACCUUUCAUAGUCAACUUUUCAAUAAUCAGCUUCUUUGGUCCCCAAAGCCCUUAUUUGGGCAUACAAAUGCGGAUGACAAAGUGUUCUGUGAACUUGAUGAGCCGCAAGGGAGCUUGGAUAAGUUGCUUGAAUCUUGUGAGCCAAUAGAAAGGUUUCUUGAACUCAAGAAUUGCCGUGAUCAGCCGAACUUUGUGGACAGCACCACUGUUUCUACAGAUACCAUUGGAGUAUUGGAGAAAGAUGAAGAGAAUGGGUGUUGUACUAGCACCUUGGAUCAGUACUCUGUUCCCUCAAGCUUGAUAGAGAGAUGGGGAAGUGCCAUGGAUAUUGUCUACCCGGAUUCAAAGCGAUGCUGUUGUUUUACAAAAAGUUAUUAUCGAUAUGUGAAGGGUACUGGCUCCCUUUUGGCAACUGGGCAGCCAAAGAUAAAGGAUAAAGCAUCUUCACUGAAGGAACAAAGCCUUAGAUACUUUACCCCUAGAGAGGUUGCUAAUUUGCAUUCUUUGCCGGAAAGCUUUCAGUUUCCACAGCAAAUAAGCCUUAGACAAAGGUAUGCAUUGCUGGGAAACAGCUUGAGCAUCUCAGUGGUUGCUCCUUUACUCCAGUAUUUAUUUGCUGAAUCAUCAUGACUAUUAUUCCAAGACACAAACAUUAUACUCUGGUUACCAGCUACCCUACUUCUAACAUGUAAUAUGAACUAUGAUGUGCCUUCAUUUAGAAUGUAUCAAUAGUCACGGUGCCUCUGGAUUUUGUACGCUUUUCAUCCUUAUUCAUAUCCAGUCUGUACCAUCACAGGACUAUGAUCAUAGGAAUUGUUAUGAUAAUACGUUUGCUUAUUAAUGAAAAGUGACAAGUUUUUGCAAUCUGUA